GAGGAGGACGGAAGAAGGAACGAGCGUGGUCGAACAAAAACCGGAAGCUGUUGCGGCUGCCAAUCCCGUUGCGGUAUAGCCGGCAGAUCACGUGCAUCUCCUAUACUCUGUGACUCUGGUUCCUCUCUACUACUUUAACCACAUGGAUAUUCAUAUCUAUACUCGAAGGUGCUGUGUCAGUAGUUAUUGGUAUUGUAACUGUCAACAUGUCGACAUCAACUUGACUUUAAUUCUUCGUAUAUAUUUCUGAGCAAAUUUGAUCAAUGUCAAACGAGAAACCGCCAUCCCUGCGCCGCCGUCUGGCGUGCGAUCGUUGUCAUUCCUUCAAACUCAAGUGUUCCAGGCCCGCAGCCAGUAGUAACGGCAUCUGCGCGAGGUGCCUCAAGGCCGGCACCGACUGUGUAUAUAGUCCAUCGAUGAGGGGGCAAGUUCGCGCAAAGCCAUUAUCGUCUGGUGUCAGUAGUGUCAGGGAUGUAGUCCUGGACAAUGAACCACCAAUUCCGGCCUUUGGUGAACCGGAUGAACUGUUCAACGACAUGGCUAUGGAAUGGUCUGUGCAUAAUACUACUUCUAUAGACGAGGGUUUUGAUUGGAUUUCUCAACUUCAUCCUCAAACAGAGCCGUCCCAAUGGCAUUCACAGCAGUUUGAUAAUAGCACAGGUCCCGUCAUCCAUGCAGACACCAGCAAUACAGACACCUCGAAUCAGCACUCCAGCGAGACAGCUGACCGAGAUGAGAAAAUCCAUAUUAUACCCAACGACCCAACACCACGGCCGAUGCACUCUCAUCACUAUCUAGGCUAUUCCGUGACCGGAGACUUACAAUCACCAAAUCUUUUCCUAGAUCUAGUUAACCUGUCAGUCACUCUAGAAACUCUAUCUCGCCGACUCCCUCCAUUCUCAGUACACAACCUAGCCGCUGAGAACGGAGCAGCGCCAAACGAAGAGCUCUAUCCUAAGGACCCCUUUGAAGAUGACGUAGGGAACACAUUCUCGGUCACGCACAAGGUAGUCGACCUUUACCACACGGUCAUUAAACAUCUAGCGCAACGGAAAACGAUGGCCGAUGUGGUAGAUUCCGAGGGCAGGCAAGUGAGUCCGAGAGACUCAUCGCUUGUAUUCCUCCUUUUCUCAAAUCAUCACCGGCUGAUAGAUCUCUGGCAUUCAAUGUUCACUCAUGCACACACGGUUCACCGAACUGAUAUCCUGCCUCCUGGUGCAGAACGACACAGAGCACAUUGUGCCAAAAUGAGAAUGGGGUCCUACGUGCCGUCGUCGUCGUCUACCGUGGUACCAGUGGAAAUCAUCGUGGUGCAAGAGCUUGCCAUGCAUUUGACAAAGCGGGUCGAGGAACUAAUCAAAUUCGUUGAGCCGGCAGAAAGCAGUAGUCCAAAUAAGGAACCAGGGGAAUCUGUAUCAACGGAGCAAAAUGGGUCGGCGAGCGACAAUGCUAUUGUCGUGGCUGCGACAGACCUACAGCAGAGAAUGGUGGGGCUGCAAGCAGCGAUACUCCAAGUGAGGAGCAACCUGGAAGACGCGAUUGCUAGAGAAGCCUCAAUUACGAAGAAAUGGUGACUACCACAAUCGAUCUGAUAUGGCAUCUCCAGAUCGAUAACCACCGAUCAGUGCGGGGCAUGGAGUCAACAGGCGCUUCGAAAUGGGAGGCAUAUGAUUGGCAGUCGGCCGACGUCGAUUCGGCGUUCCAAACAAGCUGGAACUGACCGAGCGAUCCCGGGUUUUUCCCUUGGCGAGAGAAAUCCGUCACGCUGCGGCUCUGUAUGCUCAGUCAUCAGUACUAAGCAUUAGUCAAGAAUCCAAUAUGCCAGCUUGGAUCUCAGGAUAAAUAAACAGUCGCAUGUAUAUAAUCAUACUAUAUGCAUGCUGCAUGCCAACUCGCGAGAAUAAAAAUUAG